GAGUUCUUAGACAGAAGAAGGAGCAAGACGCAUUCACAAGUCCAGCACGACAACAGGGCCCAUCGUCGGCGGGUCACGUAUUCUUCAAAGACGAACACAAUGCGCUAGGAGCCAGCAGGACUGGCCUCAUCCACUCUCUCACCAUGUCUCUCCUUAACAAUCAAGACUUCACCAUCUACCAGCUGCGAGCAGGAUACCUCCACCACAUCAAAGAUGGCGUGGGCGAGCGCCUGAUCACCCUCAACACUGGAGUCUUGAACAAUCCGGCCUUUCGCGCCGCUGGCUGGCAGGCAAAUCCUGCAGAUAUCAAGCGCACCUACUCACCACCUAUACCCACCGCUAUCGCGUCCGAAUACUUCCAAGCCCCGCAACGCUCCACCGCUCCUGCAUACCCUUUGCACGAUGACGACGAUGAAGGAGGCAUGGUGACGGGCCAGGGCAGUCAAGAUACCAUUGCGGUCAACACACACAACAAGAGGCGGCGACGAAAGGAACAGUUGGAAGAGGAUGACAGCAGUGACUUGAGCGACGACAGCGAUGAUGAAGACGACAAGAGCGCCAUCUCGCAGAUCAAGUUCAGCAAGAUGCCGGUUCGCGUCAGAGCUGGUUCUUCUCCGACGCACCAAACAAGAGACGGUGAAGAUGUUUCACUCAUCGUGACCUCUCCGUCACGACCUACUGGCCAGGACGCCGCAAGACGCGCCUCCCUCCCUUCUGUGUCCUUCAUAAAGCAACGACCCAGGAGAGACACUGCGACCAGCAGCGAAUUCUCAUCCGAAAACGAGACGGACCCUGUCACAUUCCGCAAACAAAGAGUCCAGCACCGCGCCGUUAAGCAUGGCCAGAUGAUGCAGGAUCGCAUCCAGGAAGAGGGUGAAGACGUCGAGUCUGAUAUCGAGCUCGGCGAGGCCUCUGACAUUUCCGACGACUUUGCUGGAACUGCUGGCUCAGAGUCUCUACUAGGAAUGGGCGCCCCUUUGAUCACUGUAGACACGCUCGAGUCGACCCCGGGAAACGUACCCAGCAUGCCACCUGCUAUAACACCUCAUACCUCGGCCUCACCAAAGCGCAUGAUGCAAAUGGCUCCUCCUCCAGACCUGCCGAGAUUGCCAGCAGGACGUCCCAUCAGUUAUGUCCAGCCUGUCAGUCUUUUGUCCAAAGCUCUGAAACACACAUCGCAAAAGGCUGGCAACCCUCUUCAGCAAUUUGCUCAGCUUUCUGGCAAAGGCGAAUCAACCCCCCUAUGGAUCAAGAUAUAUGCGCCGUUUUCCAAGAAAGCUUCGUCGCCGAUCCAGGUUCCUAUUCGCCGAAAUGCGAAGGAAGGUGUCCCAACUAUCGUUGCCGAACUCAUUGGAUUGAGUCUGUGGAGGUAUGCCGAGGAGAAGAUCGAGCCACCACUUGAAGGCAAUGACCUGAAUGUGAAUCGCUGGACCUUGCGCAUGGUCGAAGAUGAAGAAGUCGAUUACGAUUUCCCUGCCUUGACCCGCACAAAACCUCUUGGUGACUUUACCUCCAACAAUAAUCGCCCACCGCGAGCACGGGCCAGAGACAAGCCUUGGGAUGAAUUUGGUCUCGUUCGUGCGACAGAAGACCAAUACAGGGAGAAUGAGGAGCUCACACCGCAGUUCGCUGUUAGCGAACCAACCACCUUGGCCCCGUCAAGUACACCAGUGCCGGAUACUUCACGCACAGCAACUCCACAACCCGCCAAUAUGCAGAGAACCAUGUCGGAUGCACCAACGUUGGCUCCACCUGGAGCACCGACCUACAUACCGAAUGUCAACCCAAUCACUCCUUCAUUUGCGCCUAUGGCUAGGAAGAACUCAACCAUUCCUCUCAUGGACGCACCAGCUGCACAGGCACCUCGAUCUACACCAAGGACUGGCUCCUCCAAGACAGUCACGAUACACUACACAGACCCGCAUACCUUCCAGACCACGUUGUUACCUAUACCAACCACGUCCGACACUUAUUUGGCCGAGCUCUUCACGACCGCAUGCCAAAGACUGGACAUUGAUCCAGCUUUGUACGUCCUCAAGGUCAGGGGCACGCAAACAGUUGCGCCUGAAGAUCGUACUGUGGAAGCAUUAGGACAACGACUGGCACUUGACCUUGUGCGCCGUCGCUUCGUGGGUGUGGGUGAUGGUCGUGGCAUGGUGAGUGCAGUCGGCAGUCCUGGUAGCGAAAGCCCUAAUGCGCCACUGUUGCUCGAGACUGCCACAGCGACGAAAGCUAAAUCACGGAAACCAUUUAUGGGUCUGCAAAGUGCAAAGUCCACCAACGAUAUCAAUGCAACCGCGCUUUGGGGUCUUGCUGGUGGAGCUGGCAAGCGCUAUCUCGUCAUCCGCCGUCAGCCAUUGUCUUUCGCUCCUUCUCAUCCACGUAUUCUUGCGCUUGAUGCGGAGUUCAUGCAUGUCAUGCCCGCUUCAUCUACAGACCCUCUCAACGCAAAUGCAGAUCCCGCAAUGGCACCACCUGGCGGAAAGACAACAAGUGUCCACCUCAGUAGUGUCGUUGGCUGCAAAGUCAGCAGAAAACACCCCAAAGUCGUGCGUGUGCUCGUAUAUCGAGAAAAAGAGACCAAGCGAUACGACUUUGAGGCUUCAACCAGAGAUGAAGCGCAGGAGAUUGCGACGGAAAUCAAUAAGGGUAUGAUGAGGUAUCGGGAUGAGGAAGAGUGAUUUGUGAUCGGGUGAUGAUGGCGUUGGUUGCAUUUGAAUUUCGGGGUGGGCAUUUAGAGAACAAAUUAUGAUACCCGGGUUUUCUUCUUUCCAUCGUCGCAGAGUAGUAGCGAAUGACUUGGAUGCCUUCUGGUUUGUCUUUCUAGUGCUGAUUGACAACACAAGCGGAGUCGCUCCUGCCGUAGGCAAAGCUUUGACCCGCGUGGUCCGGCGCAUCGAAUAUCGUCUACCACCUGGAGUUCCCCAACACAUAAAAUCUCACACUGAAUAGUAGCGUCGAGUCUUUCAUCGUGGCUUACCUACAACUGAGAUUCGCAGCGUUUCCUGAUAUUUCUCAAAGAGGUUAU